AUGAGCACCGCCGGAUGCCAGAAGUGUUGGCCGGAGAGUGUUGGCAUUCUUGGGAUGGAGAUCGUUUUCCCGUCCCAGUACGUCGACCAAACUGAACUGGAAGUGUUCGAUGGGGUGUCGGCCGGCAAGUACACGAUCGGGUUAGGCCAGCAGCGGAUGGGUUUCUGCUCCGACCGGGAGGACAUCAACUCGCUGUGCCUUACUGCCGUGCGAAAUUUGCUCGAUCGGCAUGGUACGCCGCUGGCACAGAUCGGACGGCUCGAGGUCGGUACCGAAACGAUUGUGGACAAAUCGAAGAGUGUAAAGUCGGUGCUGAUGCAACUGUUCGAACCGGAAGGUGUGACCGAUCUGGAGGGUAUCGAUACGACGAAUGCGUGUUACGGUGGUACGGCCGCGUUGCUGAACGCAAUCAACUGGGUAGAAUCGUCCAGCUGGGAUGGCCGGUUAGCAUUGGUGGUGUGUGGUGAUAUUGCCGUUUACGCACAGAGUUCGGCCCGACCGACGGGUGGUGCCGGCGCUGUCGCGAUGCUUGUAGGACCGAACGCACCGCUACGGUUUGAGCGAGGACUGCGUGCGACCUAUAUGAAGCAUGCGUACGAUUUCUACAAACCUGACCUCAGCUCGGAGUACCCGGUGGUGGAUGGGAAGCUGUCGAUCCAGUGCUACCUAAGUGCCCUUGACACGUGCUACCAGCUGUACCGGAAGAAGUUUGCCGAGCGCCAUCCGGACAUUGUCACGCCCGUCACGCUCGACACGUUCGAUGCGCUGAUCUUCCACAGCCCGUACUGCAAGCUGGUGCAGAAAUCGUUGGCACGUGUGGGGCUGAACGAUUUCAUGCUCGCGUCGGCCGACCAGCGUGCCAAGCUAUUUCCCGGCAUGGAGCAGUUCGAGAAGUUACGGCUGGAGGAUACGUACUUCGAUCGGGACGUGGAGAAAGCGUUUAUGGCACUGUAUGCGCCAUCGUUUGAGGCCAAAACGAAACGCUCGCUACAUCUGGCCAGCCAGGUUGGGAACAUGUACACACCGUCCGUGUACAGCUGCCUGGUAUCGCUGCUGAUUGGAUCGGAUGUGGACGAGCUGCUCGGCAAGCGUGUUGGCGUGUUUUCGUACGGUUCCGGGUUGGCUUCGUCGAUGUACUCGAUCGCGCUCACCACAGAUAGGGAGCGGUUGGCAGAGUUUAAGCGUCAUCUAAACUACGUGCAACCGUUGCUGGAUCGCCGAACGAAGGUAGAUCCGGCCGAGUUUACCAAGCUGAUGGAGGUACGUGAGAAGAACAACCAUGCGGCACCGUACGAACCGUCCGGUUCGGUCGAUGUACUUUUCCCGGGCACCUACUACCUGAAGGCGGUUGAUUCGAUGCAUCGGCGAACGUACGAGCGUGUACCACCGGAGCAACCUUCCACGUGAGCGGCGCCCCGAAGGAAGCACCAUGACCCGGAAACGGAACGAAAUAAUUUUUUUCUCCCGAUACUCGAACACACA